ACUUUACCCAGUAUGCAGAAUUGAUCCCCAGCCCAGCUGGGCCUCACACUGCUGACAGCCUGACAGUGUGGAGCAGACUCCCAGAGACAGGCAGACGUGCAGUGGCAUGGAGGGGCCAGCGGGGUACCUGCGGCGGGCCAGCGUGGCCCAACUGACCCAGGAGCUGGGCACUGCCUUCUUCCAGCGGCAGCAGCUGCCUGCCGCUAUGGCAGACACCUUCCUGGAGCACCUCUGCCUGCUGGACAUCGACUCCGAGCCCUUGGCCGCUCGCAGUACCAGCAUCAUUGCCACCAUUGGGCCAGCAUCUCGCUCCGUGGAGCGCCUCAAGGAGAUGAUUAAGGCCGGGAUGAACAUUGCGCGAUUCAACUUCUCCCACGGCACCCACGAGUACCACGCUGAGUCCAUCGCCAACGUCCGAAAGGCGGCGGAGAGCUUUGCAACUUCUCCGCUCAGCUACCGACCCGUGGCCAUCGCUCUGGAUACCAGGGGACCGGAGAUACGCACAGGGCUCCUGCAGGGGGGCCUGGAAUCGAAAGUGGAGCUGGUGAAGGGCUCCCAGGUGCUGGUGACCGUGGACCCGGCGUUCCAGACGCAGGGGAACGCGAACACCGUGUGGGUGGACUACCCCAAUAUCGUCCGGGUCGUGCCGUUGGGGGGCCGCAUCUUCAUUGACGACGGGCUGAUCUCCCUAGCGGUCAAGAACAUUGGCCCAAAGGGGCUGGAGACUGAAGUGGAGAGUGGUGGCCUUCUGGGCAGCCGGAAGGGCGUGAACUUGCCGGGCAUCCAGGUAGACCUGCCUGGGGUGUCCGAGCAAGAUGUCCGGGACCUGCGCUUUGGGGUGGAGCAUGGUGUGGACAUCGUCUUUGCCUCCUUUAUGCGGAAAGCUAGCGACGUGGUUGCUGUCCGGGCUGCUCUGGGGCCAGAAGGACAAGGCAUCAAGAUCAUUAGCAAAAUUGAGAACCAUGAAGGUGUGAAGAAGUUUGAUGAAAUCCUGGAGGUGAGCGACGGCAUCAUGGUGGCACGGGGUGACCUGGGUAUCGAGAUCCCAGCCGAGAAGGUUUUCCUUGCUCAGAAGAUGAUAAUUGGACGUUGCAACUUGGCGGGCAAGCCCGUUGUCUGUGCUACACAGAUGCUGGAGAGCAUGAUCACGAACUCCCGGCCAACUCGGGCAGAGACGAGUGAUGUGGCCAACGCUGUGCUGGAUGGGGCCGACUGCAUCAUGCUGUCGGGGGAGACUGCCAAGGGCAACUUUCCUGUGGAGGCCGUGAAGAUGCAGCAUGCGAUUGCCCGGGAGGCAGAGGCAGCGGUGUACCACCGGCAGCUGUUUGAGGAGCUGCGCCGGGCAGCACCACUGAGCCGUGAUCCCACUGAGGUCACUGCCAUUGGCGCUGUGGAGGCUGCUUUCAAGUGCUGUGCUGCUGCCAUCAUUGUGCUGACCACGACUGGCCGCUCAGCCCAGCUCCUGUCUCGGUACCGACCUCGAGCAGCAGUCAUUGCUGUCACCCGCUCAGCCCAGGUUGCCCGCCAGGCCCACCUAUGCCGAGGAGUCUUCCCCUUGCUCUACCACGAACCUCCAGAGGCCAUCUGGGCAGAUGAUGUGGAUCGCCGGGUCCAAUUUGGCAUUGAAAGUGGAAAGCUCCGAGGUUUCCUCCAUGUUGGGGACCUGGUGAUUGUGGUGACAGGCUGGCGGCCUGGCUCUGGCUAUACCAACAUCAUGCGGGUGCUGAGCAUAUCCUGAGAUGCCCUCCCCCUCUGACCCAGCCAGCCCUGGACCCCAUCCCUCCUACACACUCCCGCCACCCCACACCCCUCCUACAGCCCCACGUUUAAGUCUUCUCUACCCCCAAUCCUCCCUACCCAUCUGCCAUCUAGCUCCAUUCCAGGGUGCCCCUUCCCCCUCUCCAUUUCACACAGGCCCUGAAAGUCUGUGUCCAAUUAAGCACUGGUGAUCCAGCAGCACCAACCGUACAUACCCUGCAUCCAGUGCUCUCAGCUGGGCCCUAAGAUGCUCUGAGCCUUUAAUC